GCUUUCUCCCAUUUUCAAGUGCCGCAAAGCAAAGUCCAAAAACCAAACUAAAGAGAAGAAAAAAACUAUGGCGAUGGUACAGUGGUGCGGCGCCAUAGCCAGACGAAUAGUGAUGACGGAGCUUCGACGACCUCCGUUCAUGGCGUCAUCAUCAUCAUCAUCAUCAAUGUCUUUCUCGGCAACCUCAGGUGGGCCGGCCGGCGAGAUACGGGUUCCGAUCUUGUGCGGACGAGGGGACAAGAAGACGAAGAAGGGAAAGAGGUUCAAGGGAUCGUACGGAAACUCCAGACCAAAGAAGGAGAAGAAGAUCGAGCGCAUCAAAGACAAGGUUGAGGUCCCCAGGUCCACUCCUUGGCCUCUCCCUUUCAAGCUUAUCUAGAAAUCUCUUUGCCUCUUUCUUUCUCUUUCUCUUUGUUAGGUUAUAGCUCAACUUUAUUUGCUUGAAGUUUCUAGGGUUUUUGUGGGUUGAAAAUGUGUACAUUUUUGAAGUUGAAUUAUUAUGAGUAAAAGCCCUGUGAUUUUGUUUGUGUAUCAACUAGGGUUUUGGUUCAGCAUUUGGAUAUGUUAUGAUGAUGCUCUGUGUGUUUGCUUACAAUCGAAAUGUAGGAUAAACAAUCAAAUAAUCUCAGAAAAAUUGUUUCUUUUUGACA